AUGCUAGCUCUAGAAGAGCUAAAGGACCGCAAUGUGGGCCGCCCAGUUAAAUGUCGUCGCACAUUGACGAAAGUGCGUGGAGGCACAGCGUGCGGUGGCCAGACCAUAUUUGAGGACGACUUUUCUACCUUGAAGGAGGAUGUGUGGCAGAUUGAACAUUACAUCCCUAUUUCAUCCCAUCCGGAACAUCCAUUUGUAUCGUAUCAAAAUCGAUUGGAUGAUCCUGUUGUGUUCGUGUCAAAUGGAUUCCUACAAAUAACAGCAAAAGUCCUAGAGCGUUUAUCGGAAUACGACAACGAUACCGUAUAUUUUGAAGACUUGGACCUCAACAGCCAGAGUGGGUGUACUUCCCGUGCAGAAGAAUGCUAUAGAAAAGCAUCCGGGGCCGAUAUACUACCGCCAGUGGUUAGCGGUCGGGUCACGAGCGCCAGAUUCGCAUUCACUUAUGGAAUUGUCCAUAUCAGAGCAAAGUUACCCCAAGGAGAUUGGCUAUACCCAGAAUUACUUUUGGAACCUUUCUUGAAAAAAUAUGGAAGUACAGAUUACGCUUCAGGCGUUAUAAAAAUCGCAACAGCACGAGGCAAUAAAGAAUUGAAGGUUGGAUCUGAAAAAUAUGGUAAUGACGUUUUGUACGGAGGGCCAGUUAUGAACACACAAUGUCGGCAGCAAUUACUGGGCAAGAAAGUCCAUGAAUACGGCCUAUGGGGAGACGACUUCCACAAUUACACUUUGACGUGGACUCCUUAUCACAUAUCGCUAGCAAUAGAUGGUGAAGAAUGGGCACAAAUAAAAGCAGGAAACGGGCUGCACACUCGCUUUUCAAAGACCUGCACUAGCCUCCUUCGUAUGAAAUUGCAGAAGGGAACGCCGAUGGCACCAUACGAUGACAGUUUUUAUAUAACGUUGGGUUUGGCAGUGGGGGGUAUCACGGAGUUCCCUGAUGAUUCAGUAACAGGAGGUGAGCGAAUGAAACCUUGGCGCAAUUCUGGGCGUAAAGGUAUGCUCAACUUCUGGCAGGACGUAUCCGCCUGGGAGAAAACUUGGAGUCAACCUCAACUAUUGGUUGCGUUAAUAUUUGGUAUUAAUGAUGCAUAUAGACGGCAAGAGCUUCUCAAUAUUACCACAAAUGACAUUGAAAAUCAAGGCAAAAUGCUUUUAGUUAAAAUCCCAAACACUAAAAACAAAAUACCCCGAUCUUUUAUUAUCGACGGCCCAUUUUAUGACGUUGUCAAAAAAUAUGAAGCUCUGCGUACGACUAAGGCAAAAAAUAAUCAUUUCUUUCAGAAUUACCAAAAAGGUAAAUGUACUGCGCAACCUAUUGGCAUAAAUAAAAACGGUGCCAUGCCAAAGGAAGUCUCCAAGUUUUUAGGAUUGCCGGAUGCUGAUUGUUAUACAGGGUACAGUUUCAGAAGAACGUCAGCUACAUUACUUGCUGAUUCGGGAGCUGAUAUAUUGACUUUACAGCGGCAUGGCGGGUGGCGUUCUAACGCAGUAGCAGAAUCUUAUGUAGAAGAUUCCAUCCAAAACAAAGCAAAUAAAAGUGCCAAAAUAACUCUAGCCAUAAAUUUGAAGCUACAAACGAAGAAGUUUUGCCCUGAGCCGCGCCCCUCUACUUCUACUGACAAUACUUAUUUUUUUAUUUACAACUAA